AUGGCGACUCAGACUUACGUGGCAGAACUCCAGGCGACUCCACCUGCUUCAGGCCAGGCCACACCUCAGCAGUAUGUGGCAGAACUACAAGUGGCUCCACCCACACCUACCACCCAGACAACAGGACCGCAGACUCCAGCCCCCCAGCAGUACAUUGUGGUCACUGUAUCUGAAGGAGCCAUGAGAGCCAGUGAUGGAGAGCUGAGUCCUGGAGGAUCCUCUACUCCGCAGACCGCUGUGCCAACACAGGUGGUGCAGCAAGUACAAGCUGCUCAGCAGAGACUGCUGGUACAAGCCAGGGUCCAGCCUAAAGUAACUGCCGUGUCCCCUCUGCAGCUAGCUCAGCAACGUCUGGUGGUGCAGAGCACUCCGCAGGGCACCAAGGCAGCACAAGUCUCUCUCGCAGUUCACACGGUGCAGCAGACAGCACACUCCCCAACUGAGAGUGACAGCUCUCCACUAAAGACAAGUCAGAGUCAGGCACUGCCAGUACAUGGAACUCCACAAGAGCGCUCCGUUGUACAGACGACACCCCAACCACAGAAGUCUUCUCCAGUGCACCAGCUCAAUGUCCAGGGUCUGCAGCAUGUCCAGGGCACAUCGGAGGUUCAGCAGAUGCAGCAAGUCCCUGUACAGCACGUGUAUCCCGGGCAAGUCCAGUAUGUGGAAGGAGGAGAUGCCAACUACACUGCAAGCACCAUCCGCUCUGGUUCCUACACCUACACUGAAACCCCACUUUACAGCCAAGCCACAGGAUCUACUUAUUUCGAGUCUCAGAGUGCCACAGGGCAGGGAAGUUCUCCAACGUCCUCACCAACUGUGGCCAGUAGCCCCAUGUAUGUGUCUGGAGGACAGAUCCUUGCCAGUGCCACCCCUCCAGGGUCUUCUGGAGGAGCUGCUGCAGGAGCAAGUGGAGGAUCAGGAUCUGGGACCUAUGUCAUACAGGGUGGAUUUAUAAUGGGCAACUCUACGCAGCCCUACUCUCACACCACACGUGCCUCUCCUGCCACAGUGCAGUGGCUACUGGACAAUUAUGAGACAGCAGAGGGGGUGAGCCUCCCACGCAGCACCCUUUACUGCCACUAUUUGCUGCACUGUCAGGAGCAGAAGCUGGAGCCAGUCAAUGCUGCCUCCUUUGGAAAGCUCAUCCGCUCAGUCUUCAUGGGAUUGCGCACUCGACGGUUGGGAACCAGAGGAAACUCCAAAUACCACUACUACGGCCUCCGUAUAAAAGCCAGCUCCCCCCUCUUGCGCCUCAUGGAGGAUCAGCAGCAUCUUGCUAUGCGGCAACAGCCAUUCUCCCAGAAACAGAGGAUGAAGCCCAUUCAGAAAAUGGAAGGAAUGAGUAAUGGGGUAGGAGGAACCCAGCAGCCACCCUCUGGCCUUUCAGAUAUCAGCUCCCAGGUUCAGCAGUACCAGCAGUUCCUUGAUGCCUCCCGGACUUUGCCUGAGUUUUCAGACAUAGACCUGCAGGAAAAACCACUACCUGAGGGAGUCGCUUCGGCUGAAAUCAAGGCCUUCCAGCUGCUUUAUCGAGAGCACUGUGAGGCUAUAGUGGACGUGGUGGUGAAUCUUCAGUUCACCUUGGUGGAGACCCUGUGGAAAAAGUUUUGGAGGUUCAACCAGACUCAGCACAGCGACAGCACUGUAGAUGAUGAAGCAGAGAAACGUUUGCCAAAGGACAGUUUGGUUCUUUUGUCAAAGUAUGAGCCUUUGCUGAAAUGGAGCCGGGACUGUGACCACUUGCUAUACCAGGGCCUUGUAGAGACCCUCAUCCCGGAUGUGCUGCGCCCAAUUCCCAGUGCCCUGACACAAGCCAUCCGAAACUUUGCCAAGAGUCUAGAGAGUUGGUUAACAAGUGCUAUGAUGAAUAUUCCAGAGGAGAUGGUCAGAGUGAAGGUUGGUGCUGCAAGUGCCUUUGCCCAGACGUUGCGGCGCUAUACAUCGCUAAAUCACUUGGCCCAGGCCGCCCGCGCUGUGCUGCAGAAUACAGCUCAGAUCAACCAGAUGCUAAGUGACCUGAACCGUGUAGAUUUCACCAAUGUGCAGGAGCAGGCAUCCUGGGUGUGUCGCUGUGCAGAUCGCGUUGUCCAUCGGCUGGAGCAGGACUUUAAGCUGACUUUACAGCAGCAGAGCUCACUGGAGCAGUGGGCCGAGUGGCUGGAUAGUGUCGUCUCCCAGGUGCUGAAGCCACAUCAAGGAACACCCGGUUUUUCUAAGGCUGCCAAACUUUUCCUCCUCAAGUGGUCUUUCUACAGCUCAAUGGUGAUUCGAGACCUGACUCUGCGCAGUGCAGCUAGCUUUGGCUCCUUCCAUCUGAUCCGCCUGCUGUAUGAUGAGUACAUGUAUUAUCUGAUAGAGCAUAGGGUAGCCCAGGCCCGGGGAGAGACCCCCAUCGCUGUCAUGGGAGAGUUUACCAACGCGAGCAACUCCUCACAACCCAUGGAUCAGGACAAGGAUGAGGAAGAAGAAGAAGAGGAUGAGAGUGAUGAGGAAGUAACACAUGAGCUUUCACUAAAUAUCGAUUCCUCCAACACCCUGGAAUCCAGCUCCCUCGAGCCACCCAGCAAGCUAGCACGUACGGACACCCAGGGGAUAUUUGUGCAGGUGCCGUCCACAACCUAA